AUGGAUCUUUAUCUCAAGGAAGUCAAGGAAUUCGAAUUCGCUUUGAGGGGGCGCUUGCUGCUUCGGAAAGGUGAUAAGCCUCGAUCAACUAUGGAACUUAAACUGGAGCUUCAGGACUUAUGGAGGUUAACCUCUCAUUGGCAACUCAUUCCGUUGGGAAAAGGUUAUUUUACGCUCCGAUUUACUUCGGCAGCGGACUUUACGAUAGCAAAGGCGAAAAUGGUUUGGGAGCUCUCCAAGGGGCAUCUCCGACUCCGUAAAUGGACCCGAAAUUUUGAUCCUUUUAAAGAGAAUUACCCUUUGGCGAAUGUUUGGGUUCGCAUACACUAUCUACCAAUUGAGUAUUGGAAUCCACAGGUGAUCUCCGGGAUUGGACGGUUUUUGGGUCAUCCUUUGAAGAUUGAUAGAGCGACGGUGGGGCGCGAAUUUGGGCAAUUUGCACGCAUACUAGUUGAAAUGGAUAUGUCUCACAAUCCCCCUUCUUCUCUUCUGAUUGACCGCGGGGAUAUUUCAUUUUACGUUGAAUUUGUCUUCGAAAAUUUACCGCUCUACUGUGAUAGUUGCAAAAUAACUGGUCAUGCACAGGAUACGUGUCGGAAAAAAAAGACGUGUAGAGAUGGCCUCUAA